AUGCACUUCUCCUCAGCCUCCACCAUCAUGCUGCUCUCGGCAGCUCUUCUCCACACAGCCAUUGCCGUUCCCGUGCCCGCAGGAAUUCUCUCUUCAGACCUGGUCGAGCGCAACCCUUCACCAGGCCCAGGCUUGUCAUUCUCGGAGGGAGUCGAUGACGGAGGCAGCAGCAAAGUAAAGACUCGCCGGGAGUAUGUUGCCGUCAUUGAACUGGUCGAGAAACGUGAACCAGAGCCGGAACCAAAGCUAUCAUUCUCAGAAGGUGUCAACGAUGGGGGAAGCUCGAAACGCUCUCCCACACCUGAGCCUAAACUAUCCUUCUCCGAGGGCGUGAACGAUGGCGGCAUUUCUUGA